CUCGAGAGUGCCCAAGUGACUGUAUCUUACAAACGUUUCCGACCGGGGUAUGAUUGUGAUAUGACCCUGCGCACGAGAAAAUGGCAUAAAAGCCGCGACCAAAGCAGAGAGAACCAUCAUUUCGUGAACGAGUUACAAUGUCCUCUCCAAAAGUCUGGUUCAUAACGGGGGCAUCAUCAGGGUUCGGAAGAUGCAUGACAGAGCACGCCCUCAGCCAAGGAGCUAUCGUGGUAGCAACUCUCCGCAAACCAGAAGUUCUAUCCGAUCUCGCAGCUCGAUAUUCCGCAGACAAGCUCCUCGUGCUCAAAGUCGACGUUACGAAGCAAGAAGACAUCGAUGAGGCGUUUGCUCGCACCCGUGACGCGUUUGGACGCCUGGAUGUGGUAUUCAAUAAUGCGGGCUACGGGCUUUUCAAGGAGGUAGAAGGCACGCCUGUUGAGAAAGCGCGCGAGAUGUUCGAGACGAAUUUUUGGGGCUCGAUGAAUGUCAGUCGUGCUGCAGUGAAGUUUUUCAGGGAGGUGAAUGAACCUGGAAAGGGGGGAAUUCUCCUCCAAGUCAGUUCAGUUGCUGGCUUUAUCACGCUUCCAGGAUUAAGUUAUUAUGCCGCGACAAAACAUGCGCUGGAAGGCUUCUCAGAUGGCCUAGCGAAAGAGUUGCCACCUUCAUGGAACAUAAAGAUCUGCGUUAUCGAACCUGGCGCUUUCUACACAAACGGCAUCAACGGGGAAGUGCUGCUGCCACAGCAUCCAGCAUACGCUGACGAGUCCUUUGCAACUUCGGUGGUGCGACGUAUGCUAGAUGGCGCAAUGUUCGAAGGAGACGCUGAAAAGUUUACGCGGACAGUUUAUCAGGUUGUAGAGGAGGGAAAGAUACCACAGAGGUUGCCGAUGGGGUUGGAUGCGAUUGAGAAGUUGUCAGCUAAGAUUGAGAGUUUGACUGCAACUGUGGCUGAGACAGCGAGGUGGUCAGAGGAUCUGAAGAGAGCUGGUGGGGGAGUAGGGCUCAUCAUAUAGUGAACUUUGCAGUAGCAUUCGAGGGACUUGCUUAUUUUGUAUUAUGAGCCAGCAUAUGAUACGAGCACAAGAAUUUCCGUAUAGAGUUGAGGUACACAUCAGAACAGCGGAAAGAUCUUUGUUUCAAGGACCCCAGCAUCAAGCUUUGUGUGUGGCAUAGAGUGCACUUCAUUUUUCAUUGAGAGCU